AUGGUUAAGGGAGACAACAUCUUCAUAUCGAAUGUUGGAGAUUCUCGUGCGGUGUUAGCAACGGCUUCUGACGAUGGCACGUUGGUUCCAGUUCAACUUACAAUGGACUUCAAGCCAAACUUACCACAGGAGGCAGAACGGAUAAUGCAUUGCAACGGAAGGGUGUUUUUCUUAGACGAUGAACCAGGUGUGCAUAGAGUAUGGUUACCAGCUGAGGAAAAACCUGGUUUAGCAAUUUCAAGAGCCUUGGGGGAUUUCUGCGUCAAAGACUUUGGUGUUAUUUCAGUUCCUGAAGUCACACAAAGGAGUAUAACCAGUAAAGACCAGUUCAUUAUCCUUGCCACCGAUGGGAUAUGGGAUGUUAUCUCAAAUCAAGAAGCAGUUCAAAUUGUUUCUUCAACACCGGAUAAACGUAAAGCUAAAAGAAUAGUCGAAUGUGCCGCACGCGCAUGGAAACGUAAAAGACGAGGAAUAGCUGCAGAUGAUAUUUCUGCUAUUUGCCUUUUUUUCCACCCUUAUGCAUCCAUCGUCUCGAAAGUCUGAAGUCUCAAAUACUGUACUAAAUUGUAAGCUUUAGGUUAGGCAAUUGUCUGGGUUAGGGCCAUGUUCCCAUUCUAUGUCACUAUUCAGAAGGCAAAAAGGGCCUUCAGUCUCAA